CAGCAGCCGGGCAGCUGGCAUCCUGGAUAAGGCAGUCGGCUAUGGCGAUGAUUAAGAAGGAGGACCACCAAGUGAGGAAAGUCGUUCAAUCCCUUUUGGGAAUGUGAGUCUAGAUAAACCAUCCGCGGCCGGCCAUGAAUCAGCUACCUGUCGGGGGCACUGCCCCGGCUGCCUCUGCUGCUGCCGCCGCCACCGCAGAGCCUCGCCUUCAUCCUGAGGGCAGCAGCAGAAAGCAGCAGAGGGCUCAGUCACCGGCUAGACCCCGGGACAGUACAGUCCGACAGACAGCCACUGCCGCCAGGUCCCCUGUAGGGGUGGGCACCAAACUCAACUCUGCACGACAGCAGCAGCUUCAGCAGCAGCAGCAACAGCAGGGAGCGAAAUCCAAUAGCAGAGGAGGAGGAGGGGAAGGAAGGGAAGGAGGGGGAGGGGCAAGGGAAAAGCAGCCGCCGCCUGCUACACUUAAAGGCGCCCCGCUGGGAGCUGUCCAAGCAGGAGGUGGUGCUGAAGCAUCCCCAGACAGUACCCCAACCACGGUGGGGAACAGGAGAUCCUGUCCCGCUGAGGAGCCGUCUCGAGAUGGGGAAGCUACGACCCCCAAACCAGCGGAGAAGGCUCAACUAGGAGGAGGGGGAGGCGGAGGGGGAGGAGCAGGAGCAGGAGCAGGAGCAGGAGCAGGAGGAGGCUCUGGGGAAAGGGAGGGGGGCGCUCUGCAGCCGCCGCCGCCCAGAGGCUGGCGAGGUAAAGCCGGGCGCACGCCACAGAAGGGUGGCAGCGGCGGAGGAGAGGUGGCCUCCUCUUCACCAUCCUCCUCUUCCUCCUCUUCUACUGGCAAAACCCCGGUUCCCACUAGUAGAAACCCCGGGAGUGUUGUUGCUGGGGGCGGUGGUGGCUACUGGAAAGAGGGAUGUCUGCAGUCUGAGCUCAUCCAGUUUCAUCUCAAGAAGGAGCGGGCGGCGGCAGCUGCGGCAGCAGCUCAAAUGCAAACCAAGAGCAGCAGCAAUAGCAAUAACAGCUCCCCAGUCGCCACAGCCGCCUCGGAGCCUCUUUCCUCCCCUUCCCCCUCCCCAAUGGCGGCUGCAGCAGAGGGCCUACAGCAGGGAGCAGGGGGCAGCCCAAGCGGCGGGGGGAUGCAGGCGACUGCUCCGCCCUCGCCACCGCAGCAACAGCAACAGCUACAGGAACAAGAAGAAAUGCAAGAGGAAAUGGAGAAGCUGCGAGAGGAGAACGAAACUCUCAAGAACGAAAUUGAUGAACUGAGGACUGAAAUGGAUGAGAUGAGGGACAGUUUCUUUGAGGAGGAUGCCUGUCAGCUGCAGGAAAUGCGCCACGAGUUGGAAAGAGCCAACAAAAACUGCCGAAUUCUGCAGUACCGCCUCCGCAAAGCAGAACGCAAGAGACUCCGCUAUGCGCAGACGGGGGAAAUUGAUGGAGAGCUACUAAGAAGCAUGGAACAAGAUCUCAAGGUUGCAAAAGAUGUUUCAGUGAGACUUCACCAUGAAUUGGAAAAUGUAGAAGAAAAACGCACCACAACAGAAGAUGAAAAUGAGAAGCUGAGACAACAGCUUAUAGAAGUUGAGAUUGCAAAACAGGCUUUACAGAAUGAACUGGAAAAAAUGAAAGAGCUAUCACUGAAAAGAAGAGGAAGUAAAGACUUGCAGAAAUCUGAUAAAAAGGCACAGCAGACUCCCACAGAGGAGGAUAGUGAAGAUCUGAAAUGCCAGCUGCAAUUUGUCAAGGAAGAAGCUGCUCUGAUGCGAAAGAAAAUGGCAAAGAUUGAUAAAGAGAAGGACAGAUUCGAGCAUGAGCUCCAAAAAUACAGGUCAUUUUAUGGAGACCUGGACAGUCCUUUGCCUAAAGGGGAAGCUGGAGGACCUCCCACAACGAGGGAGGCUGAGCUCAAGCUUCGUCUGAGGCUGGUGGAAGAAGAAGCCAACAUCCUAGGGAGGAAAAUAGUGGAACUCGAGGUAGAGAACAGAGGCUUGAAAGCUGAACUUGAUGAUUUGAGAGGAGAUGACUUCAAUGGGACAGCUAAUCCCCUCAUGAGGGAGCAGAGUGAAUCCCUCUCUGAGUUAAGGCAACACCUGCAGUUGGUGGAAGAUGAGACAGAAUUGCUCAGAAGAAACUUGGCUGACCUGGAGGAACAAAACAAAAGGAUCACAACAGAGCUAAAUAAGUACAAGUACAAGUCUGGGGCCCAUGAGAGCUCAAGGCACCAUGACAGUGCCAAAACUGAAGCCCUCCAGGAGGAGUUGAAGGCUGCCCGUAUGCAGAUCAAUGAACUCAGUGGCAAGGUCAUGCAGUUGCAGUAUGAGAACCGAGUACUUAUGUCCAAUAUGCAGCGUUAUGACUUGGCCUCCCACCUGGGGAUUCGGGGCAGCCCCAGAGACAGUGAUGCUGAAAGUGAUGCUGGAAAGAAAGAAAGUGAUGAUGACUCCCGUCCACCACACCGCAAAAGGGAAGGGCCCAUUGGUGGAGAGAGCGACUCAGAAGAGGUCCGAAAUAUCCGAUGCCUCACCCCAACCAGAUCCUUCUAUCCAACCCCGACCACCUGGCAAAAAAACUUCACAGACCGGCAGCAAAUGAAGGACAUCCGCUCAGAAGCAGAGCGUCUGGGAAAGACAAUAGACCGGCUGAUCUCAGACACUAGUACCAUCAUCACUGAGGCAAGAAUUUAUGUGGCCAAUGGGGAUCUGUUUGGACUGAUGGACGAGGAAGAUGAUGGCAGCAGGAUCCGGGAGCAUGAACUGCUUUACCGGAUCAAUGCACAGAUGAAGGCGUUUCGGAAAGAACUCCAGACUUUCAUCGACAGGCUAGAAGUUCCAAAGUCAUCAGAUGACAGAAGUGCAGAUGAGCCAUUGUCUGUUAGUCAGAUGUUCCAGCCUAUCAUUUUACUUAUUCUCAUUCUUGUAUUAUUUUCAUCACUUUCUUACACAACAAUAUUUAAACUUGUCUUUCUUUUUACACUGUUUUUUGUACUGUAA